CUUGCGCUGAAGCAGCUUCCUGGUCACCUGAGAACCAGGAAGGAGGCCGGUGGCUCGACCCGUCUCGCCGCUGGGCCGCUGCCAUGGCUUCGCUUUUCAAGAAGAAAACGGUGGACGAUAUAAUUAAAGAACAAAAUAAGGAAUUAAGAGGUACACAGAGGGCUAUAGGAAGAGAUCGAGCAGCUUUGGAGAGACAAGAAAAGCAACUGGAAUUGGAAAUAAAGAAAAUGGCUAAAACAGGAAACAAAGAAGCCUGUAAAGUUCUAGCAAAACAGCUUGUGCAGUUGAGAAAACAGAAAACUCGAACUUAUGCUGUUAGCUCAAAAGUUACAUCCAUGUCAACUCAGACAAAACUGAUGAAUUCCCAGAUGAAGAUGGCAGGAGCAAUGUCAACAACAGCAAAGACAAUGCUAGCUGUCAAUAAAAAAAUGGAUCCACAGAAGACCCUGCAAACUAUGCAGAACUUCCAGAAAGAAAACAUGAAAAUGGAAAUGACAGAAGAAAUGAUCAACGAUACCCUAGAUGACAUCUUCAAUGAUUCUGAUGAAGAACAAGAAAGUCAGGAUAUUGUUAACCAAGUCCUUGAUGAAAUUGGAAUUGAAAUAUCUGGAAAGAUGGCGAAGGCUCCUUCAGCUGCAAGAGGCGUGCCAUCUGCAUCUACAUCAAAAAGUGCUACAAUUUCAGAUGAAGAGAUUGAACGGCAGCUUAAAGCCUUGGGAGUAGAUUAGCUUUAUGCUAAUAUGAAGCCUGCCUCUGCAGUUGCUCCAACAUUGGCAUAUGCACAAACUUCCAGUACAGGUUUCAAUAAAAACCAGAUUUCAUUGCAAAUCUUGCCUAAACCAUUAUUGGUGACAGUAAUUUCUAAAGACAGCUGGAAGAACUAAAUUUGAGAGAGAACAGUACAUAUAUGUCUGAUGAAGAAUUGGUAUACCUUUUAAGAAAUUGGGAUCUUUUGUUGAUGGGGCAUUUGUUACAUAAGUUCUAAAUUUUGAUUUCUUCAGUUUAGUCUUUGGACAAAAAGUACUUAGCUUGACAACUAUUCCAUUUGUCUUUAGAUUUCUACACUUAGUAAAUUUUUUCAGGCAGCCUUUCUAAAGGCAUUUCAGCUGUUUUAAUUGUAAACACACUUCUUAAGAAAUAACAUGACUUAAAAUGAAACCGUGUUUUUCUGAGUUGAAAGUUGGACAGUUGUCAUCUUCAGCAGAAUGAUUAUAAAAAUUUCAGUAAAAAUGUAGGCAGUCUUUCAUUAAACACCUUUUAACCAUUUAAUCAGUUCAGUCUAAUGUUAAAAUGAUACAUAUGUUUUCAUUAUAGGUUCUGAUAGAGUACUGAUACUCAGUGAAACUUCUGGAGGCAGAGCUGUGGUCUAAAAUUAUUUUGUGUUAGCAAAAAUGUUUGAAGGGAAAAUAUUGAAUAAUUUCAUUGUACUGUAAUAUAGCUGACUUGAAGAGAAGUCUGUGCCUUUUUGUAUAUAGUGCUUGGUUUCUUUUAAGUAAGUUUCGAAUUGUGAGAAAAGUAAUAUUAAGCCAUUGUCUCAACUUACUUUAGCACUGAAAUUAUGUGAACUCCAUGAUUGGUGUGGAGUAUGUAACACCUGAAAAAUAUAGUCUUUUUCCUGAAA